CUUUUACCUCCGAACUAUAUAAGCCCGCACUCUUCUUUUGUCUUUCCCGUUUACCCUCCGCAACCACUUCAGCGUAUAAUAGGCUACAACCAGUCUUACCAGUCCAGGAGACUUCCAAACCGAUUCACAUUCAUCCCGUAACUCUACCAUGGCCGCCACCGACGCCGACCUCGAGAACUUCCGCCGCUACCUCAACCAGUUCGAGCGCGGCUGCCAGCAGGAUUCGGACAUGGAGGAUGCACUCGCGAGCGAGGAGAGCCCGCUGAACCUCGGCAUGGAAACGCCGCGCACGGUCGCGAGCACUCCCCGCUUUGCCAGCCGACCAGUCUCUCGCGGCGCACCAAGUCCAGCGCCAGACGUAUACGGCAAUGUCUGGACACAGCAGCGCGACGACAAGGCCCUCCUCACCAGCAGCAUUCGCCGCCGCCGAUCACCCACGCCGUCCAAGCUUGGCCGUAGAGUUGCGUCCCGCGAUACGGACUGUGGCAUAUGCUUCGAGGACGCGACCAUGCCUUGUCGCACCCUCUGCUGCGGCUCCACCUUCUGCGUCCAGCACAUCGCAGAUUGGCUGCACGGCGAUGAUGCAGACUCCCGCUGUCCCUCCUGCGGCGCCGUCUGCGCCCUCUCUACCUCCCUCGCCCGCGACCCCGGUCUCCACCUCCCCAUCCCCAACCCGCCUCCGCCCUAUCCGACGCCGCUGCACACCUCGCCACUGCCUCCCUCCCCACCCUCCGAAGCCGACUCGUCUUCUGAAUCCGAUCAUGAUCAGAGUGGGCCUGGCUUCUCUGACGGUGACACUACGGAUGGCUCACCCGUCCGUCGCUCCCCGCCGAAGACCCUUAGUGCCGCCUUCCGCGAGCCCGACUUCGCGGCGAACAUGGUCGGGAAACUGCUGUCGAUCGCCGCUCUCAUCAUAUUUUACUAUGUGAUACUCAACAAGAGCGCGCCCGCAGCAGACGUCGAGAUACUGUAGGUGCCCAGAUUGUAGCUGUCGUGCGCGUCUAGCUCCAGGCACCUGUCAGUUCACGUCGAGCAGUCGCCCUGACCCUGCAGCGGCCUUCACCCCCAUCAUCCAUAUCUAUUCUAUUUGCACUCAACUGCCACACUAGUCUCGUUAUUACGCCCCUUCAUGUCCAUGGCCCGUCCGUCUCCUACUUUCUCCCCUCUCCCUUUCAUGCUAUAGCUUUACGCAACUGUACAUCAGAUUCAACUCCAGUCACACUCGCAUUCGCAUAUUUAUCGCGUCGGGAUGUCGAUCGCGUCGAUAGUACGAUCAUUCGAUGCCUUAUCACUACUUCACGUCCCGUCGCGCUGUCCACACCGUGUAUACUACCCUGCUACAUACCAUCAUACGGUACAAUGGCCAUCUGCACUAUGAUUUGCAUCAUUUGCUCUUCAUGAGUCCUUCGUACGGAAAAGCGGUGUGAAGGCC